AUUUAUAUAUAUAAAUGGUUAAUGGUGGUUGCACUGUGUGUUCAUUUUUAGGUUUAUACGCAGUACUAGAUAUUAAUAGAUUCAGCUACUGCUCUGCAUAUCUCCUAGUGGAAUUUUCCAUGCGCAUUGGUUAUUUUAUUUGUAAACAUUGGCUGCAUUCAUUAUCUAAAAGAAACACGGAAAAUAUCCCAAAAGCUUAUUUUAUAUGGAAUUAUCCCCUAAAGGAUUAUUAUUUUAUUGAGGAUUGUGUCUUACAGAACGUUUUUAACAGCAGAAGUUUGUGUCCUAGGGUGAAUCUUCAUCCGUGGGUUCCAAUAUUGUUUUUAUUUGACCUGGAAGGAUGGCAUCAAGACCAAAACGAAGAAGGACCUCUUCCAAACGUCAGGAUCCACCUACAACAACGACAACGUCAGAGACGAGAAGCGAAGACGUUAGUACCAUUUUUCAGAAAUGCAUGUCGAAGAUCAUGCCGACGAUCGAGGAGACGUUUAAAACGUGUAUGGAAGAUUAUUUGA